AUGCAGAUGCCACCGACAUCCGUGAUCAUAUCCUGGCCACGACCCAACUACAAAGAUCCAGUUACUACAGGCCCAGCAACUGUAAUCACCACUUGCAUCUUCUACCCUAUGGUAUGCAUCAUCAUUGGACUCAGAUGUUAUACUCGCUUGAGGAUCUCGAGGAGCUUUGGGUGGGAUGAUUGGUUGAUCCUGACUGCUAUGGUUCCUACUACAGCUUUCAUGAUUAUCUGUUUAGUGGCAGAAUGGCAUUUUCAUUGGAAUAGACACAUCUGGGACGUUAGACCCGACACCAUAGUAUCAGGUCUCAAAGUAGUCCUGACAACUCAGAUCCUCUUCUCCGCCGCGACGACCCUCACCAAGCUAUCCAUGCUUGUUCUCGUCUACCGUAUCGUAACUGAGUCGUCUAAGAAACUCCCUAAAAUAAUUGUCGGAGUUAUGAUAUUAAUAUCCCUUGAAUGUGUGGCAUUUAUUUUUGGGGUGAUGUUUCAGUGCGGAAAACCCUCGAGAUACUGGACCCUCUCCUUCAUACCUCAACACGAAUGCAUGUCUGAAACCAAGAACCUCCUCGCCGCCGGCAUCAUCAACACAGUCAGCGACCUCGUGAUCGUUGUCCUCCCUAUCCCCAUCAUCUGGCGUCUACAGCUUCCAAUACAGCAGCAAAUCAUUAUCGUCUUAUUGUUUGGCGCAGGAGUACUCGUCACAGUUGCCAGUAUUUUGAGAACGUAUUACUUGUAUCAAGUUACCGAUGGAUGGGAUAAAACCUGGCACGCGAGUCCUGCUUGGGUUACUAGCUCGGUGGAAUUAUAUGUCGGGAUUAUGUGUGCAUCCAUCCCGGCAACCAAGAAAUUCUUCAGUCGCUUCAGCCCCCGCCUCUUCGGCGCCUCCACGCCCCCACCAGAACAGUCUCAUGCUCGCCCAUCUGCUCGUAACAGCGCUGCGACAAAUCACGAUGUCGAGCUUGGUGCCUAUUCUGGACACCCAUUCUCUGAUCACAAAGAAGAGACAACAUUCGAGGCUUUUCCUGCUCCACCCAAAUAUUCACAUGCCAUUAAUCUGGGGUCGUAUAUUGCAGGGAGACCGCAUACGGCGAAGAGUGUCAAGAGUGUGGGAUCAGAUGGUAGAGAUGAUGUGACGAGGGUAGAUAGCGAUGAUGAAUUAGUCGGGAGAUACCACCAUUCGCCACCACCAGAUUGA